AUGGCGACUGCCAUCAGCAAGAAGCGUAAGUUCGUAGCAGACGGUGUUUUCUACGCCGAGUUGAAUGAGCUCUUCACAAGGGAGCUCGCAGAGCACGGGUACUCCGGCGUGGAGGUCCGUGUCACACCGCUGCGCACUGAGAUUAUCAUCAGGGCGACCAGAACACAGAACGUGCUAGGCGUGAAGGGACGCAGAAUUCGGGAGCUCACAGCGGUGGUGCAGAAGCGGUUCAAGUUCCCUGAGAACAGCGUGGAGCUGUACGCAGAGAAGGUGGCCAACCGCGGGCUGUGCGCCAUCGCGCAGGCCGAGUCCCUGCGCUACAAGCUGCUGGGAGGCCUUGCCGUGCGCAGGGCGUGCUACGGUGUGUUGCGGUUCAUCAUGGAGAACGGCGCCAAGGGGUGUGAGGUGAUCGUGAGCGGCAAGCUGCGCGCCCAGCGUGCCAAGGCCAUGAAGUUCAAGGACGGCUACAUGAUCUCCUCCGGCCAGCCCGUCAAUGACUACAUUGACAGCGCUGUGCGCCACGUGCUCCUGCGCCAGGGCGUGCUCGGUAUCAAGGUGCGGAUCAUGAAGAACCACGACCCCACCGGGAAGUCCGGCCCCAAGGCGACCAUGCCCGACGUGGUGGUGGUGCACGCGCCCAAGGACGAGGAC